GACAUUGUCCUUCCCUGUAUUUAACUGUGUGGACGCCACUAAGUGUUCUUCAAGAGAGUCCCCUAGUCUCCAACCACACGUGAUGCUCGCGGCUGUAGCAUUUCUCGUCCUACUGGGCCAAGCCAGGAGCCAGGUUCCAAACAGUGUUUUGGUACCAGGCGGAAGUGGUUCCAGUGUCGUGGAGUUUGUGACCAACCUCAUCCAAGAUUCCUGCCUUUUCUCUGAUGAUUUGCAAUUCCUGAGACGGCUGGCGUACGUGGAGACGCGUGAUGGAACAGACGCUAAGACGUACAGACUGGGCUACGAUGGAGGAAUCUGGCAGAUUGACCAAGACAAGUUCAACCAGAUAAAGAGCUCUGGCACCAGCAGUGGUCUGAUCGGCAAGGUCCAGUCACUUUUCAACAUCGACUGGAAUACAGUCCAGUGGUCAGAUCUCAGGAAGCCUCUGUACUCCGGACUCGCUGCUGCUCUCUAUUUGUCCACCAUUACCGAACCUCUCCCACAGGGUGUUGAGAACCAAGGCUCAUACUACAAGAAAUACUUCCGGGAUGACGCCCAUUCCCCACACAACUUCUACACAUUUUCUAAACAGCUUGAUACCACAACCCCUGCAAAUCCCGCAAGCCCUGUAAGUCCAUCCUCGUGUCUCAACGCACUGUCUGGAAGUACGGCGUACUUGGUGUUAACUCCCUACACCAUGACGUUCAGCUGCCCAGCCGGCUCCAUCGCAUACAUGCCUGACACCGCCGACCAGACAAGAUUCGUGUUGUGCAGAGCCAGUCAGCCCGCGCUCUUCUUCCAAUGUCUUCCCCACUACAUCUACAGCACCGACCCCAACGUUCACUCCUGCGUCCGCGGGGAUGUUGUUCCACCCACAACUGCCCGGCCCCUGGUCACCCCAAAGCCUGUCGUCCACCCUACCAUGACCGACCAUUCUAUGAACCCCUGUGGUAACUCAGACCGUGACAGAAUCUUCUACCACGCGCAUCCCACGGAUGUGACUAAAUAUUACCAUUGUGACGAGAUCGGCAAUGCCUUCUUGAAAGAUUGCCCGGUUGGCGACCAUUGGCAUCAGGAAUACCUGCAGUGCUUGCCUCAGGGAUUGAUGAUUGGGUGAAGGUUCUCCACAGACGAAGUCAAGGACUGAUGUCAGGGUCAUUAUUCGCACAGGGCCAGCCACAUUGACUGAUUAUAUACGGGGCACUUCUUCUUUGGUGAUAGUACAUGCACGCUUACCUCUGUAAAAGAAAUUAUGAAUUUUGGGAAAUUGAUUGAUUGAGCCAAAAUAUUUAGCGUUCGGAUCUGCCUGGGUGUUUUUGUUUUGUGGGCUUUUUUCGUUUUCGAAAUAUUAAAGUCAGUAAUUAUCUUCUGAAUGCUACGCGAGCUUGUUCCAAGAAUUUAGAAAUCAUCACUCCAAUUCGCUGAUGCUUUCAACUACAAGAGAUGGAUCUAUUGUACACAUUAGUUUGCAGAUGUUUCUUUACGGAAAAAGUCUUGUUGUCAAAAUAAUUAAUAAUAAUUUCCCAAAAUAUUUUUAAUACUAUUUCCUACACGCAUGGUCUUAUGUAAACAAAACAUGGUCUCUUUU